GUCAAAUUGAAAUUGUCGCUGCUGCUGAAAACAGUAACCAAUUUAGUUACUAUAACUAGUUAAAAAAUUUACCUAUGAUUCCGCUAUUCAUUGAAAAUGGUGUUGCAUAUGUUUGGAAUUCUGACGACUGGUAUACCCUCCGCUCGAAGUACCGCAUAGCUGGAUCUCUAAUUGGCUCCAUUCCAUCAUUUCCAAGACAGAAUGACUUUCAAGGGUUACCUAUGGCUCUUGCAUCGGAAGAGGCUGCCUUGUUAGUAGAUAAAGGAGUAUGUGAAUUAUUUGAGCUGCCUGAUAUUACACAGAAACCUUCAGAGGAGAAAAAACAAGAAAUUAAAUCAUUACAGCAAAAGGUCCUCACAGAACAAACAGAGGCUUUGAAAAAGAGAAAAAUUGAACAGUUAUCACAAAAAAUUGAUUUAAUAAUGGCUGGAAAAAGGAAGAAACUGCUUUCAAAGGGAAUUACAGAUGUAGAACUGGAUAAGCAAGCAUUACUGCAAGAUGAAAUAAAUAAACUACAAGGUCUGGCACCAGCUCAUGUUCUGGUGCAUUUACCUACUGAACAUCAUAUGCCUACAGAGAGAAAAAAUGUAGAGACAGAUGUACUUAGACCCAGUGUUACUGAUAAAGAUGGUACUAUUCGUUAUGCAAUAUAUAAAGAUCUUUGGGAGAAAGGACACUUUAUUACUAGUGGAUCUAAAUUCGGAUCUGAUUAUCUAGUGUACCCAGGCGAUCCAGUAAGAUUUCACGCCAUGUACAUGGUGCGAUGUGUUUGCGAUCAGACUAAAUCUUUUCGACCGACGCAAUUGGUGGCGUUUGGUCGACUUUCUGUAGCUGUUAAUAAACUGGCGGUUUUGGCUUUCUUUAAUAGUUACGGAAAAGUGGAAUACCAGACACUUCAAUGGCAUGUUGGAGUAAAUGGAUAAUAAAAAAGUCAUUUAUGUAUA